AUGGCACCCCUCGUGUGGCUUGUGACUGGAUGUUCUUCAGGCUUUGGCCGAAGUUUUGUCACUCAAAUCUUGGCACGUGGUGAUCUUGUCAUUGCAACUGCUCGAAAGCUCGAAAGUAUCCUGGAUUUGGAGACGAUUGGGGCUAAGACAAUGCAACUUGAUGUUACCGACGAUCAGGAAAGCUUGAACAGCAUUGCAAAGCAAGCAAUCGCCAUAUACGGCACAGUUGACGUGCUCGUGAACAAUGCCGGCUACUCUACCGCUGCAGCCUGGGAAGAGACAAGCGUUGAAGAAUUGCGACAACAGUUUGAAACAACCGUAUUUGGAGUUUUCAAAGUCACCAAAGCAUUUUUGCCCUAUUUUAGGGAGCUCAGAAACGGAAAAUUAGUAUUCUUCAGCUCUUUAGUAGCUUGGAUUGGACACGAAUUUGGCGGUCCAUACGCGGGCUCUAAGUUUGCCCUCGAAGGUCUAGUUGAGAGUCUUUGGAGAGAGACCUCUCCUCUAGGUAUCAAGACGAUGCUGGUUGAGCCGGGGCUAUUCCGAACAAUGCUCGGCAGCAAUAUGAAAUAUCACGCAUCAGAAAUAGAGGAUUACAAACCUGCCUCACAAGCUCUUUAUAAUAUGUUAAAUGAGCUGGACGGGAAACAGCCUGGUGAUCCAGAAAAGGGAGUAGCGUUGAUUCUGGAUUUUGUUCGUGGCGAAGGUUCCGCGGCUGGUCGUGAGAUGCCAUUUAGAUUGCCAUUGGGAACCGAUGCAUACCACGGGAUAAGCAAGAAGUGCGAAGACACAUUGACCUUGCUUAAAGACAACAAAGGUAUUAUUUGCAGUACAGAUUUUGCGCUGUAA